AUGAAUAUUAAAUAAUAACUCCUCAAAUAGUAAAUUCCAUCUUAUUAGCAUUCAGAUGGCACUUGUUUCUGCUCUGUGUGUUUGUGCAGCAAGUGUUACUGCAAAUAAAAGCCUUAACAAACCCAUUACAUUAAUGAACCUAAAUCAAUCUAUAAUAUAGAUUUUGAUUCAAGAAGAACCCCUAUCAAACAUUCCAGAUUGCCUAAUCAGAACUAUCAAGGCAGACAAAAGGCUUUGUCACUUCAUUCUGUUUACAACGAUGAUUUCGAUAAAAAGCAGUUGAACAAAUCAUCCCUAGAUAAUACACAAUAACCAUAGAACAAUUCUUUCAGCAUUCCUUUUUGUGGUUGCAACUCAUAUGCACUUCAAUUUCCAGCUAAAACUUCUUUGCCUCCUUAAUUGUUGAAACCAUUAAAUUAAAUUUAACUACUACCUGCUAAAUUAGAUAUCAAAUCAAGUUAUCAAAGAGAACACAAACAUCACAAAUUGGAUCAAGACAAAAUCAUUAAUUUUUCCAAGAUUACUAAUUAAAGAUUGCAUACUAAUUCUAAAGAAAAAAACAUAUUCUUGAACUCCAGCUAUUAAGAGUAAUACAAAGGUUAAACUGCCAAAAGAGUUUCAUAAUUACCAGUCUAAUCAACCUAUUUACCUUUCGGACUCAGUAACUAAGGAAUCAAUCUGUAUGUUAGUACAAAUAAAUAAGAUUAUGAACAAUAAAGAUUAUAUUAAUGUGAAGCAGAUUAGAAAUUGCAAGAAUUAAGCAAUUAAAUAUUAUCAUAACAAUGA